CGUGUGUUGUUGUCAACAUGGCGUAUACUUUGACUUACGAGGGUUGUAAUUUCUUCAGACAACGGCUUGUUCUUGCUACGCUGAGUGGAAAAUCGGUCAGGAUUAGGAACAUAAGAAUACAAGAAGAUGAUCCUGGGCUUAAAGAUUUUGAAGCAAAUUUUAUAAGGCUUUUGGAUAAAGUGACCAAUGGCUCAAGAAUUGAAGUGAAUGAAACAGGCACAAGUCUUCUAUACAAACCAGGCUUGUUGUCUGGUGGGGUGGUUGAUCAUGACUGCGGUCUCCAGCGAUCUAUUGGCUUUUAUCUGGAGGCCCUAGUCUACCUGGCACCCUUCUGCAAAAAGCCAUUGAGGGUCACCAUGAGAGGAAUAACAAAUGAUAGCGAUGAUCCAUCAGUUGACAUUAUCAAGACUGUCACUAUUCCUCUGAUGAAAAGGUUCAUAAUUGAUGAUGAGGAUUUUUACCUUAAGAUCACCAAGAGAGGCAGCCCUCCUGAAGGAGGUGGUCAGAUCACCUUUUCAUGUCCUGUCAGAAAAGUAUUAAGACCUAUCCAGUUAAUAGAUCCUGGAAAAAUUAAACGGAUUAGAGGCCUUGCAUAUGCGACUAGAGUUUCACCUGCUAUGGUGAACAGAGUAGUUGAUGCUACUAGAGGAGUUUUGAAUCAAUUUAUCUCAGAUAUUUACAUAUACACAGAUCACUGCCAAGGGAUUCAGGCUGGCAAGUCUUCAGGGUUUGGUCUUUCUCUUGUCGCAGAGACAACAAAUGGGACCUUGCUUGGCGUGCAAAGGGCAUCAACACCAUCGGGCAAGGGCUCUCCUACAGUGGCUGAAGACUUAGGCAAAGAAACUGCUAAAAAACUUUUACAAGAAGUAUACAAGGGUGGGUGUGUUGACAGCAGACAUCAGAGUUUAGCUCUCCUCUAUAUGGCCAUGGGGCAGCAGGAUGUGUCUAGGGUACUUACAGGCCCACUUACACCCUACACGAUUCAGUUCUUACGGCACAUGAAAGACUUUUUGGGCAUCAUGUUUAAGAUCCAAGCUCAACAGAAGCAAGACGAUGAUGACAGUAAAUCAGGCGGUGACACCAAAGUCUUACUCUCAUGUGUUGGUCUUGGGUUUACAAAUGUCAACAAAGGAAUGGUGUAAAUAAAUUUUGUAAUAUAUAAAUAAAUAAACUAGAGACAAUA